UAUACAUCAAAAACAUAGAGAAGAUGAAGAAGAGUAAGGUUCUUGUUGUGGGAGGAACUGGAUACAUCGGCAAGAGAAUUGUGAAGGCGAGUUUAGACCAAGGUUAUCCAACCUAUGUUCUUCAGAGGUCUGAGCUUGGCCUCCAGGACAUAGAGAAACUUCAGAUGUUAUUGUCUUUUAAGAAACAUGGGGCUCACCUUGUUAGGGCGUCCUUCUCUGAUCAUCAAAGUUUAGUUGACGCGGUUAAGAUGGUAGACGUCGUCAUAUGCACCAUGUCUGGCGUGCAUUUCCGCAGCCACAACCUCUUGUUGCAACUCAAGUUGGUUAAGGCAAUCAAAGAAGCGGGUAAUAUUAAGCGGUUCUUACCAUCAGAGUUCGGGAUGGAUCCAGCGAGAAUGGGGGACGCACUAGAGCCGGGACGAGAGACAUUUGAAGAGAAAAUGAUGGUAAGAAAAGCCAUUGAAGAAGCCAACAUUCCCUUCACUUAUAUUUCUGCAAAUUGUUUUGCGGGCUACUUUGUGGGUAAUCUCUCGCAGCCGGGCACCCUAGUUCCUCCAAUGGACAAAGUUGUCAUUUUUGGAGAUGGGAAUGUCAAAGUUGUUUAUAUGGACGAAGACGACAUAGCAACUUAUACGAUGAAAACCAUAGACGAUCCUCGAACAUUGAAUAAGACAUUGUAUAUUAGCCCAUCCGAAAAUAUCCUUAGCCAAAUAGAGUUGGUCCAAAUUUGGGAAAAGCUCAUAGGAAAAGAUUUAGAGAAAUAUAACAUUUCUUCUAAAUCCUACUUAUCGGCCUUGGAAGGCAUGGAUCACGCAAUGAAAGCUGGAUCGGGACAUUUGUAUCACAUUUUCUAUGAAGGUUGCUUGACCAACUUUGAGAUCGGAAAAGAUGGAGAAGAAGCUUCUCGACUAUACCCAGAGGUUGUGUACACUCGUAUGGAUGCUUACUUGAAGCGCUAUUUGUAAACGAUAGUUUGAAACAAUAUGGAAAGUUGCAUUUAUUAUCGAUUUGCAUUAAAAAUAUAAUAAGCUGAAUAUUCAUAAUCUCCUUGAAAAUAUUUGAUAUCUUAUAUAAGAUCAUAAUUAAUAAUUUGAAUAAUAUGUAAUAUUGUUCUUAUGAAUUUAAGUUGUUUUUAAAUUUGAUACUUUAAGUUAAGAGAAUGUUAUAAUUGCGUUUGUA